UUGGAAGGCGUCGAUGGUGAUGAAAACCUCUUGUAACUUUUUAUUAAUUAUUUGGGAUUUUCUGUCUUGAUUGAAACACACCUUGUGGAAUAUUAUUUUUGGCACAGGCGGGGGUACGCAUUAGCGGACACUUGGUUGACAAUGAGCACGAGAAGCUUGUCUGUCGGUGGUCUCACCCUGGUUCUUUGUUUGUUCAUGGCACGUACCGCAUAUGGAGACCUGAGCUAUUCUUUUCCGGAGGAGAUGAAACGCGGAUCUGUAAUUGGAAAUAUAGCCAAGGAUCUUGGAUUCAGUGUGAACAGAUUGCCAGGUCGCAAUGCACGAAUUGAUACUGAAGGUAAACAAAAACGCUACUGUGACAUUAAUGUGAAUACCGGAGAACUGGCUGUAGCAGAAAGGAUUGACAGAGAGGGGCUUUGUGGUAAGAAAGCUACCUGCGUUAUCAAACAGGAGCUUGUCCUGGAGAAUCCUUUGGAAUUACAUCGCAUAAGUUUAAAUGUUCAAGAUAUAAACGACAACUCUCCGAAAUUUGAGGCCAAUGUGAUCAAAAUUGAAAUAAGAGAAUCGGCAGUAAAAGGAACUCGUUUUCUUUUGGAUGAGGCUAAUGACGCUGAUAUUGGGGAUAACUCUGUAAGAACGUACACUCUACAAAUGAAUGAACACUUUGUUUUGGCUGUCAGCACAAAUUCAGACGGUGGAAAAUACAGUGAUUUAGUCUUAGACAAGGAACUGGAUAGAGAACAUCAGCGGGAGUUAACGUUAAUUCUCACUGCACUUGAUGGUGGAACUCCAUCAAGAUCAGGUACUGUAGUCAUACACGUCACUGUACUGGAUGCUAAUGAUAAUACUCCAGUGUUCAGUCAGUCUGUAUACCAAGUGAGUCUGCCUGAAAAUAUCCCAUUAGAUUCUAAUGUGGUUACUGUUAGUGCGACUGAUGAAGACGAUGGUCAGAAUGGUGAAAUCACUUAUUCAUUAGGCCAUAUAUCUGAGGAAGGCAAAAGAAUAUUUUUUCUCAACCGUAAAACUGGAGAAAUCACAGUCACUGGCCAAAUAGAUUAUGAGGAGGAGUCACUUUAUGAAUUGCGAGUACUGGCAAAAGAUGGGCCUGGUUUAACGUCAUACUCAAAAGUAAUUAUAGAAGUCACCGAUGUGAAUGACAAUGUUCCAACUAUUGUCUACAAAUCUCAUAAUAACCAAGUUCCAGAAAAUAUCCAUAUAGGUACAGAGGUGGGCAUUAUUAAUGUGCAGGACAGAGACUCUGGAUCUAAUGGACAGAUUCAUUGUUCAAUUCAGGAUAAUGUGCCAUUUAAACUCAUUCCAUCACUCAGAAAUUAUUAUUCUCUUGUGACUACAGGUGAGUUAGAUCGAGAGCUCAAUUCUGAAUACAAUAUUACAAUCACAGCUACUGAUCAAGGCUUCCCUCCUUUGUCCUCCUCUAAAACUAUUCACCUUUCAGUUUCUGAUAUAAAUGACAACCCUCCUGUAUUUAUAGAGCAGUUUUACAGCGCUCAUGUAAAAGAAAAUAACAAACCAGGCUCCUCUGUUUGUACAGUAGCAGCAACAGACUCAGACUGGAGACAGAAUGGUACUGUAGUUUAUUCUCUUUUGCCUACUGAUGUUAAUGGUGCGCCAGUGUCCUCAUUUUUAUCCAUUAAUGGAGACACUGGUGUUAUCCAUGCGGUGAGAUCUUUUGAUUAUGAGCAAUUUAGAAGUUUUAAAGUUCUUGUUUUAGCCAGAGACAAUGGUUCUCCUCCACUCAGCAGUAACGUCACUGUGAAUGUCUUGAUAAUUGAUGAGAAUGAUAACUCUCCACAAAUAUUAUACCCCUCUCUAGAAGGAAACUCCCUAAUGACUGAGAUGGUGCCCAAAGCAACUCGGUCAGGCUCUCUGGUCUCCAAAGUAAUAGCAGUGGAUGCAGACUCUGGUCAAAACGCAUGGCUCUCUUACCACAUAGUAAAAGCAACUGAUUCUGGACUUUUCACUAUUGGUGAACACAAUGGAGAAAUCAGACUUCAAAAGGACAUUUCUGAAUCCAUUAAUAUGAAGCAGAAUCUAAUUGUUUCCGUAAAAGAUAAUGGAGAACCCUCUCUCUCUGCUACAUGUUCACUUUACUUAUUUAUUUCUGACAACUUGGCUGAAGUACCAGAACUGAAAGACAUGUCUUAUGAUGAGAGCAGCUCCAAACUCACUUUUUAUUUGAUUAUCUCGCUGGUGUCCGUCUCCACUUUCUUCCUCACCUUCAUCAUCAUCAUCCUGGCCGUGAGGUUUUGUAACAGGAAGAAGCCCAGACUGUUGUUUGAUGGAGCUGUAGCCAUUCCCAGCGCAUAUCUCCCUCCAAAUUACGCAGACGUGGAGGGGAUGGGAACUCUCCGAAGCACCUACAAUUACGACGCAUAUCUGACCACAGGAUCACGAACCAGUGAUUUCAAGUUCGUUUCUUCGUACAAUGACAGCACUUUGCCAUCUGACCUGAAUGUAAAAAAUAAUUAUUUAGCAUCGGCUGUUGAUCUUGAAGGCUUGUGCACUCAUGAAUCUCAGGUGCUGAACUGUAGUAGAAUCCACUUAAAGAAGUUCAUUCAGAAUAACGCCUGGGUCGGGUUCACGAGCGAGUUAACGUAG